AAAAAUUGCCCACACCAGUACAAAAUGCGACGCAACGUUGCCGAAGUUUGAUUCAGCAGUCAGAUUUAUUGUGUCGUCGGCUUCGCUUUCACGUUGUCAUUCAGUUAGCGCAACUAGAAAAAUAUUUAUUUCUCUGCAAGUGGAAAAAAUUUCAGUUGGCAGAGACAGAGAAAAGGAAAUUAGAAUUUUAGUGAAAUCGUCGACGUUUACAGCGACGCAAUUUUUGUAAUUUAAAAAUUUAUUAACAAAACAAAUAAAAACUUUUAAAAAUGGAUACAAAAUUAGACACAAGUAUGGAACAACAAUUUGAUUUGAAUCUUAUAGAAGCAGUAAAAAUGAAUCCUGUUAUAUAUGAUCGCUCCCACUACAAUUAUAAACAUUUUGUAAGAAAAGCGCAAACAUGGAAACAAAUAGCGGAGACACUUGGCGUGCCAGAACAAAAAUGUACUAAACGAUGGAAAAGUUUACGCGAUAAAUUUGCUCGUGAAAUGAAAUUAUGUCAAGAAUCACGUUGGCGUUACUUUAAACAAAUGCAAUUUUUAGUGGAUUCUAUUAGACAAUACCGUGAAUCAUUACUUGGCAAAUGUGGUGCUACUCCUGGACAAGGAAAUACACAAGUUACAGCGCAAGUGGAUCCUACGCAACAACAGCAGCAGCAACAACCUCAACAACAAACUGUAGUUGACAUAUUCGCGCAACCAUUCAAUGGUAAUGCAUCAACCUCUGCUCAAACAUUGACCCAUUCGCAUGUUUUUACGCCUAAUGUACAUUCAAGUUCACAUUUAGAAAUUGCAGUUACAGGCGACACCCAAUUGGCUGCAGUGAAACAGGAACAAAAACCUUACUUCUAUGAGCCGCCAUUAAAACGUGAACGUAAUGAUGAUGAUAAUCAUGAUAACAUGUUAAAUACGAUUAAAAUUUUCCAAAACUCUAUGUCGCAAGGUGUCAGCGCUGAAGAUCAAUCGUUUGGAAUGGUAGUCACAGAUAUGUUAAAUACACUUGGAGUCAGGCAGAAGGCAGAGGCUAAGGUGCAUAUUAUCAAGUAUCUUACGGAUAUGCAGCUGCUGGCACAGCAUAACAAAUACUAAAAAAUGGGAAUCAAUUUUUGCGAUCGCUGUUAAAAACCUUUUGUAAUUACAACUUUUUUUACAUAUACUAUAAAACUCAUCGUUUUACUUAAAAUAUCUGAUUUUAUUUGAGGAAAUUCACAGAUUUCAAAGAUAAAGUAAAUUACAGAGUACAAUGGGAAAUAAUUUUUAACCAAUCUAUAUUUUAAUAAUUUACAUAUAAUUUUUUUGUUAUAUAUGGCUUUAAUUUGUGCAGCUUAAUACUUUCAUACAUGCAGUUUAGUCAUGUAUGAGUUCUUGCUUUAAUUCAACAAAAUUGAUGAAACUUCAUAUAAUUUUAAAUUAUUUUAAGUCGUGCAAAAUUUUACGAUAAGCAUAUAAUAAAUUUAUACUUAUGAUGUCUGU